AUGAUUGCCAAUGAAGGUGAAACUAUUAAUCGUCGAUAUUUGUUAAAUAUUGGUGAUGAUCCUUCUAAAGUAUUAGAACCUAUUUGGGGUUAUGCACAUCUACCACUUGUAUCAUUAGAAGAAGCUUGUAAACCACUACAUAGUAUUAUUAGUCGUCUUGAACCUCAUAUAUGGGUAGCUUUAGAAAAUUCAAAAAAUCCUUCUGAUAAUCUUACUCAAGAUGAAUCAGCUGCUAUUUACUUGUAUACAAUGGAAUGGGACUCGUCCGAUGUUAAACCUGUUGGCAGUCUCUAUAGACAUCUCAAUCAUGCAUUAAAACAAACCGAUCGUUCGAAUUUGAAACCAUGGUUUAAAUAUCUUAAAUUAUUGCUUACUGCUUUAGCUAAAAUUCCUAUUUCUCAUCAAUCAGUAAUUUGGCGUGGUGUUCAUAGAGAUUAUAGUGCCGUUUAUAUUCCUGGUACUCGUGUCACAUGGUGGCCUUUUUCGUCAUGUACAACAUCAUUAAAUGUUCUUGAAUCUGAUUUAUAUUUGGGAAAUGUUGGUAAACGAACUCUUUUUUCAAUUGAACCAUUGAAUGGACGAACAAUACGAGCUCAUUCACGAUUUAAAACUGAAGAUGAAAUUCUUUUAUUACCUGGCACAUAUCUCGAAGUUGUGUCCUGUUUAAAUCCAGCUCCUGAUUUGCACAUUAUUCAUCUACGACAAAGUCAACCACCAUUUGAUUUACUCGAACCACCAUUCGAAGAUGCUGUACUUCUACCACCAUCUGUAAAUCGUAAUGGUUCUAAUUUUACAAUAAAAACGGAUGAUGAUCUGAAUGUUAAAUCUCAACCAUGGUACAAGAAGAAGAAAAUAAUAUUGAGCUGUGCUAUAAUUCUAAUGCUUAUUAUCAUAGCAAUCAUAUUGGGUGUAUUAUUAGGUAGUCGAAAAACAAAUCAUAAGACAUUUCCAAUUGCUAGUUUGACGACUACAAGACGUUCACCUACUUUCAAUGCAUCUGCUAGAAUAGCUAUGGCAUGGGAGAGCAACAAUUGGAAUGUUCGCAAUGAGUUAAAUACAAAUUCUCAAUCUAGUAAUUGGACAUCAAAUAAUGUGAUAUUAUAUGCUAUUCAAGGUCUCUAUAUGAGAUUAACUCGUGAUUCUACUGGUAAUUGGUGGUGUUCUGAAGUUGAAACUCAACAAGUUUAUUCAUUUGGUAGUUUUACUGUUUUUAUUAAUGCAUCCAUUGAUCAAUUUGAUCCUAAUGUUGUACUUCGUAUAUUUACGAAAAAUACUGUUGAUAAAACAAAUCAGAUUAUUAUUGAAAUAGGUAGUCGAAAGCAAAUAAUUCCUACUGCAUCAAAUCUCUGGUACACAGUCUAUCCUAAUGUUAUCAAUGGGACAAUCAAUAGUGAAGAUACACGAAUGCCAACACUCGGUGGUACUUAUACGACUCAUCGAAUCAACUGGACAUCCUCUCUUGUUACUUUCACAGCUGAAUAUGAUCACAAUUAUUCAGAUUUUCCUAGUCGUCGAUUCAAUCUUUAUUCUACAAACUUAUCCUGGGCAACAUUCGUUCCUAAAGUACCAGCUCCUAUUUGUAUCAGCUUAUGUACAUACAAUGGAAGUGCUCCAAUUAAUGGUAAAGAAGUUGAAAUUAAUAUACGACGAGUUUUUUGGAAUAAACUCUGA